CCAAAGCCCUUUUCUUUGCUGAGGACGGGGUAAGAGAGAGAGAGUGAUCCAGGGGGAAGCAGAGGGAGGCACAGAGACAGCGGCAAAGGAUUGUUCUAGUGGAAGGAAGGAAAAUAGCCAGUGGUUGUUGCCUGACAUCCCAAAGCAAUGGGUUUGUUAGAUUGCUGUGCGAGAUGUCUUAUUGGGGCACCUUUUGCCUCGCUGGUUGCCACUGGGUUGUGUUUCUUGGGGGUAGCACUCUUUUGUGGCUGUGGGCAUGAGGCCCUUACUGGCACAGAGCACCUGAUCGAGACCUACUUCUCCAAAAACUAUCAGGAUUAUGAGUUUCUGGUCGAUGUAAUCCAUGACUUCCAAUAUGCUAUUUAUGGGGUUGCCGCUUUCUUUUUCCUCUUUGGAGCCCUCCUGCUGGCCGAAGGCUUUUACACCACCGGCGCUGUCAGGCAGAUCUUUGGCGACUACAAGACCACCAUCUGUGGCAAGGGCCUCAGCGCUACGGUAACAGGGGGCCACAAGGGGAGGGGUCCCAGAGGACACCGUCAAGCUCACUCUUUGGAGCUGGUGUGUCACUGUUUGGGAAAAUGGCUAGGACAUCCUGACAAGUUUGUGGGCAUAACCUAUGUCUUGGCCAUCCUCUGGCUCCUGGUCCUGGCCUGCUCCGCAGUCCCUGUCUACAUCUACUUCAGCACUUGGACAACAUGCAACUCCAUUGCAAAUCCCACCAAGACAUCAGCCAGUAUCGGCAACCUAUGCACUGAUGCCAGGAUGUAUGGUGUCCUCCCCUGGAAUGCUUCUCCAGGAAGAGUGUGUGGGCAAAGCCUUCUUUCCAUCUGCAAGACAGCCGAGUUCCAGAUGACUUUCCAUCUGUUCAUUGCAGCAUUUGUUGGGGCUGCCAUCACACUGGUGGCGCUGCUCACUUUCAUCAUUGCGACCACCUACAACUUUGCGGUCCUGAGGCUCAUGGGCCGAGGCACAAAGUUCUAAACGAUGAAGGAGUUGACAUCGCAUUUACAGGACGCCUCUCGUCCCCUAACGACAAGGCUUUAACCUGAUGCAGUCACACAACGCCGAGCCUCCUACUCUAACUCCGCCAGUUUCCCUCCUCAUCCUCUAUGCUAUUUGACCCUGGAUGUGUGGCAAGCGAGAAGAGACACCCUCUCAAGGCAGCAGAGCUCUUCACACCCUUUUCUCUCCACGUACAUCUGAAGCAAUUUGGCCUCACAGCAAAAAUAAGAGAGUGCUGCAAAAUAAAAGGGAUGUCUUGCCCUCGAUUUGCAAGGAAAAGUGCAGCAAAUUUACUCCAAGUUUUCUGCUCCCAACGACAAAGCAUAGGAAUGAAAUCACGCUUGUUAACUGUCAAGGUGGCAAAGUGAUCCCAAGAGGGAGACAGAGAGAGACAGACAGAGGGAGAGAAGGAAGUGCUUGGAGCUUGCUAGAGACUCUUCUUGAUGCCGCAGAAGGUGGAACUUCCAUCACUCUCUGAACAAGGAGUAGAGGACAUGAGGAUGAAACAAACCUUUACAGGAUCCUACUUGCCACUGCCCAGGCAAAGGGGUUAAAAGCAAGGAUCUUCCUGAUACAGGAAGAGAGCGCUGACCCCGCCCCCCUCCAAUGCUGACAGAUUCCUCCUUUCCUUAACCCAGUCAAUCCUACUGAAAACAUUUAAGGAGCUUGGUGCCCCUACAGCCAAGAGGGCCUCUUGCCUUCAUACUUUGACACAGAAGAGCCAGGCUGCUCUUCUUGCUUCCUCUGUGCUGGCAUUUUGCUAACCAGUUGGGCAGAUGUCGGUAUUAGCCUAAGGACAUCUGUAAUAACCAGUAACUUGAGUGUGUAAUGCGAGAGGCUCCCUUGCUGUAUGUGGGAUAACCCUUUUGGACCGCACAUCUGUGCUAUAUGCCUUUCCUUUUGUAACCAGCUGUGGAACUGAACUUUCUCCAACCUUCACAAUGGUGCUCUUUUCUCCCAGUGACAUUUGCUUCCAUAUGUUCUAUGCGCAGACGACCUUUUGCAGAAUCUAAUAUUUGCUCUUUUGGUUCUUGUUGCUAUUUGCUGUCUUCAAUGAGCUGCAGAAACUUGCUGCAAACCCUGUUUGAAAACCUUAUUUGAAGUCUUCUACCAUUGUUAAUGUACAGUCAAAUUAGAAAGAUCAACAAAUAGAAGAGUGUAGAGCAUUCUGGGUAAUUGUAUUUCCAGCCAAUUUGAAUGAGUUAGAGACUGCAUGGAAUGAACCUCAUGGGGCGGAUCCCUUAAAGGUGUGCCAAAUAAGAAUUUGCAGGCCAAAAAUACUUAAAAAAAAAACUGGAGCCACUAGCAUAGGACUGGGACUUCAUUAUGCCACUGGGCAAAGAGAACCAACCAGCGGGCUACCUCUGGAAGUGACACAACCAAAACAUGAGGAAGCAAAUGGUCCAUGGCCACUAAGACUUCCUUAUUCCAGCCCUGACAUGCAGUGCUUAACCACAAGUCGAAAGACUGAGGCUUGCUGCUUAUUUACUGGGGAAACCAAAAUCACAGUGGCAGAGAGCAGGGAUGUUAGAGAGACGGAAGGCAGGCCAAGAUAGUCCUGCUGAGCAGGAAUGCCAGCCUAGACCAAAUUGAUUAGGCUGUCAACAUACACAGGGCAGGGGAAGGGGGAGGAUCAGGGUGGGAAGGGGUGGGACAAGUAGAAGCCAGUCAAGAUCAGGGCAAGUGAAGUGAUCCAUUUUUCAUAUUUCACUUUGAUUUAACUAACACAUAACCAGCCCCCAUUGCCCUCCCAGCCCCCUCACUCUCCCCAAGAAAUACAGGACAAAAUAGUUAAUAAGCUGAAAAGUGUUUUGAUCAUUCUGAUUAUGAAUUUCACCUUUUUAACAAAGCAUAAAAGAACAUGUUUUCAGAGACUUACCUUACAAGGUGUAUUUUAUAAAAUUUAAGAAAAUAAAAUUCAAAGAUGUCUGAACAUACACACA